CCCUGCCCCUGCCUCCUUCCCCGCUCCCCUUUACUUUUUGGCAUUUCAGAGUUAACGGCACGCGACAUUUUAAAUAUGUAUGAUGCCCUCCAUCCAUCGCGCUGGGCUCCUGUUUGGGGUUCUCGGACUGCCACUCGCCUCGUUUGCACCAGCGCAGAGGACUACGACUACCCUGAAGCAGCUGUUGAAAUUGAUGCCUGCCCUGGCGUUCGGCAUUUGUGUCGAAUAUGCAGCACGGACGGGCAUGGGAUGCGGAUACUCGAGUACUCCUGGACUUGUUAAGAUAAUGAACACUAUAGCUGGACUGCCCACGAAUCUGGGAUACCCUAGCCAUCGCUUGUCAAAACUAAUGGAGGCCCAGAAUACGAUGAAACGGAAUAAUCUUCAAGCUGAUUUUCGCCUUAUACAUUAUACCUGAUAUACAACUUUGGUGUUUGUAUAAAAAUGUGUGAUCUAGCGAAAU